AGCAGGGCAGCCACAGCAACAGAGUUCAUCUGCCACCUCAAAUGGAACGGCUCUGGACUGAAUGAACAGAGAAGGAGCAAGACGAGGCUGGACCCUGGGAGAAUCUCAGCCUCCAGGAGGAGCAACCUGGCUGUCUACCCUGCGAUGCUGGGAGCUAGAGAGAUUUAAUACCACUACAGAUGGCUGCCUGCAGCUUGGCACUGGGACUGUGGCUCUUUGUCCUUCUUCAUGAUAUCCAGACAGCUCCACAGACAUCAUUAACCCCAUCUCAUUCCUGUGAUACACUUAAGAAUUGGUUCUAUGAUGAAACUUCUCAAAGCUGCUGUUACCAGUGUCCCUCAGGCUCUGUUAAAAAGAGAGCAUGUCCUAGAGACCCAGAUGAAGACUGCAUGAGAUGUGGACCUGAUCAGUAUGUGAAAGAAGCAUCCAGAAAACCACAAUGUGACGCUUGUGUGUCAUGUGCAGAACCUGACCUUGUGGAGAAAGAGCCCUGCUCCUUCAAUUCCAGCCGCGUCUGUGAGUGCCGACCAGGCCUCUUCUGUCAGACCUCUGUCCUGUACAGCUGCUCGCGAUGCCAGCAGCACACUGUUUGCAAGCCUGGUUUUGGAGUCAAAGUCAGAGGCACCUCAACGAAUGAUGUUACUUGUGAAAAGUGCCCUUCUGGGACCUUCUCUGAUCAAAACUCUAGCACUGAUAUCUGCAAGCCCCACACAAACUGUGCUGAGUUAAACAAAGUAGCACUAACUGAAGGAAAUGCCACACAUGAUCAGGUUUGCCGGGACCAAUCACCCACCUACCUCACCCCAAGCACUUUGUCCAUGAGAUUCAGCAAUGACACAAGUAACGAUGACCUGCGGGGGGUUAAGGAGAACCUGGUGACCGCUGUUAGUAUCCUUUUAAGUGCUACAGCAACUGAAAACCCCAGUUCAACUCCUGAGGAGAAAGCUCUGGCUGGCACUUUUCCCACCUCAGCCAAGGGGGAAACAACCACAGCAGGUCCAGUUCUUUGGGCAGCAGUUCUCUCCCCGGUAGUGCUGCUUGUGGCCAUGCUGUUAUUCUGGAAAUGGAAAGUUUGCAAGAAGCUCAUCCUCAAAGCAAAGAGUUCGGAUCUGGUGACCAAGCAUACAGAGAUCAUAAUGACUGCUGACAGAGGGCCAGAAGAGGAGGAGUUAAUUGACAGAACCCUGCCUUUGGAAACCAACAAUAACUUGGUCUCCAGCAGAGAAAAAGCCUCUAAUCCUGAUCUGAGUCUGACUGAUGUGACACAGAGCAAUGGAAAUGCCCUGGACUGCCCAAUCGAUUCUCCAGUGAGAGACCACACAAAUAACAGAAUUGAGAACUUAUACAUCUUGAAGGCCAAUACUGUUAUUGUGGGGUCCACUUCGGGCAAGAACUGUGCUGCUAGGGGAUGUGAAAGCAAUGUUGAUGCCCAUGAAAAAAUGGAAGAGGUACUGGAAAUGCACUAUCCAGAGCAAGAAACAGAGUAUUUUCCAGGGAAUGAAGCGAUGGUUCCUGUGGAGGAGGAGGGAAAGGAAUUUCAUCACCCCACCACUGCCACUGAAAAGUGAUAACCCACUGAGGAGGUGUGUGAAGCUACAGAAAUGUCCAGUGUGACACUAAGGCCACAUCUAUGACAAGGAGGGUGAACACAGUGCCUUAGAUUAUCUGAAAACUCAUGGAAAACACUGAAACAUGUUCAAAGAAGCAGUGCUAGAACCCAGUUCAUCUAACAAAUGAGAGGAUUGUCCAAACUGUUUGCCUUCAU